AUGACCCUCUUCAACCGCUCCCCCUCGCCCAAGGUCUCGUCGCGCCGCCAGUCGCACUCGGGCCCCGUCGACCUCGAGCACUGCCCCGGCGACAAGAACGGCGCCAACAAGGACGAGCACUGCGUCACCGUCGACGUCGAGCGCAACGGCCUCACCUACCACCAGUGCUUCUUCUGCCGCAGGGAGGUCCAGCAGUCCGAGGCCAUCCCCCCUCCCAAGCGCCAGGCCUCGCAAGGCCCCACGGCUUGCCCCUCCAACCCCGGACAGAACUGCCUCUCGGUCCAGGUCAAGACUGGCGGCGCCGUUGCCUACCGCUGCAUCUUCUGCCAGACCGACACUGCCCCGCUUUUUAGGAAAUAA